UCGCAAUUUAAAGGAGGAAAAAUGGAAGAAAUAAUAAAAGAAGCAGAUAUAAAAAAAGAAGAAGAAAUAAAAAAAGAAGAAGAAUUGACUAAUCCCAACGAUUUUUCCAGCAAAGAAACUUGCGAUGCUGAAGUGACAAAAGACUUAAUUGUCAAAGAUGAAACCCCUUCAGGGACAGCAACAAAAAAGGGAAAAAUUCGUAAACGAAAAAAGGCCCUGCAUACUGCCAUUAGAAAUCAAAUGGAGUUUUACUUUAGUGAUGCAAAUCUCUCAAAAGAUAGGUUUAUGCAGAAUGUUAUCAAAGAUGGACCUGAAAUUCCACUGCAUGUUUUUAUGAACUUUAAUAAGCUUCGAGCAAUGACUGAAGACCUCAAAGAAAUUGCUAAGGCGUUAAAAUUCUCUAAAACAUUAAAACUUAGUGAGGAUGAGACAAAGGUUUCAAGAAUUACACCAUUCCGCCCUAAGUCUCAGGAAGAGGUAGACCUUUGCACUGUGUAUGUGGAAAGAUUACCACCCCAUGCUUCAAUUGAAUGGAUUACCAGCAUAUUUUCUGAAUAUGGAGUGGUAGCAUAUGUUUCACUCCCCAAAUUCAAAGAUGCAACACGAAUAAAAGGCUUUGCAUUUGUGGAAUUUUGUGAUUCUGAGUCAGCUGCCAAAGCUGUCACGGAAUAUGCAGCCUCCAGCGAGUAUCAUUUAUUGACUGAAGAUCCGGGGCAGUUAUGUAGUAUUCAGGCGUUCAAUGCAGAGAGUCAGCAAGACGAAAAAGGGGACGAGAAGAAAACCAGCCCAAAACCAGAAACGGAGGAAGAUGAAUCCAAUGCUGAACCAAAAUCGAAAAGAAUAAAAGUAGAAGAAGAAACAACUGAGAUAAAAGAAGGCAUUGCAACGACUAUAGAAGAGACAACUGUGAUUAAAGCUGAAAAAGAAAUUACCAGUCAAGAUGAAUCGAAAGCCAUCACAAAAAAGAAGAAGCAACCAAACGUGUUUAAAGAUGAAAUUAAUGAAGAGGCUCUCAACCUGUCAUUACAGGUCAUGUCCAAGAAAGAGUGGAAGAGAUUGCGGAAUAAAUAUCUUGAUAUGCAGCGCAAGUGUCUCCGCCAAAUCCGAAUGAAUGCUCGACGCCAACAUAAUGAAAGCCGAUUCGAUCCUGUUGUAUUAGUUGAGGAAACUAAAGAACAAUUUGUUGAGGACAAAUCUGAUCCCUGUCCAGAUUUUCAACCUGGUCUAAUCGUCAAAAUCAUUCUGGACGAACCUAUUACAGAUGCCAAACGUUUCAAAAGCCAAGUCAAAUGUCAGGAGGGUGUAACUUACGUAGAAGCGCAAGACUGUUGCAAAAUUGCUUUUGUACGAUGCACUGACGAUGCAGCUGCCCAGUCUCUAGUCGUCAAGAAAAUAUGGAGUCAAUCAGAAAUUCUCCAAGGCGAAGAAGAACGAGACUACUGGAAAAAGAUCGAAGAGAACCGAAUAAAGAAGCGUGACAAAUCUUCACGACCUAAAAAAUCGGGAGCUGAGAGAGCCCGCAAGCAAAAGGAAUCGAUCAUUGACGCAGACCAACCUGGCUACCCCACCAGAGCUAUACAACACAAAAAUCUGCAUAUUAGGUUCGACGGCGAGGACGAUGAUUAAAGGUGACGAACUAUUUACUCGUAACGGGCUUUCAUGUACGGCUUUUAUAAACCUCUUUCGUUCACCUAAUACAAUGGUCUUGAACCUAGGUUCUUGUGAUGUGUAUCGAGUCUGAUUACAUGAAUUUUUCGACCGUU